AUGAAGAGUGGAGAGAACUGGAUGGCGUACACCAGUCUUAACAAGGGAUAUAGAGACUGUAAAGAGUCAUCCUGUGACAACCUCAUUCAACAGCCCUUACCUGGUCAGGAAGAAGAACAUCUGAGGUUCCACCCAGAGAUGACCUUACUUGGCGAGGAGCCCAUUGCCUCACUUGGUGUUUCUUCUCUUCUUAAGGACAUAUCUUCUGUCUUCAGUAUCCUGGUGCCGUAUCAAGCAUCAUUCCACAGAGAUGCCAAUCAGCUGGGCUGUGAGGAUGCUGUGGAGAAAGUGGAGACACAGCGAGACUUAGCUGGUUGCCUUCCUAGCAAGGAAUACUUUCAAAGAUUCCUCAAUGUGGCGUCCAGAAAUCACACACAUGCUCCAGAAUUCCUUCUCUUGGGAUUGACAGAUGAUCCAGAACUGCAGCCCCUCAUUUUCUAUCUUUUCCUGUCCAUGUACCUGGUCACCAUCCUGGGAAAUCUGCUCGUCAUCAUGGCUGUCAUCUCUGACUCCCACCUCCACACCCCCAUGUAUUUCUUUCUCUCCAAUCUGUCCUUUACUGACAUCUGUAUAAGCACAACCACGAUCCCAAAGAUGCUGCUGAACAUACAAGCACAGAAUCAAGGCAUCACUUAUACAGGCUGCCUCACCCAGAUUGUCUUUGCCCUGGUUUUUGCUGUAUUUGAGAAUUUUCUCCUUGCAGCAAUGGCCUACGACCGCUAUGUGGCCAUUUGUCACCCACUCAUUUAUAUGGUCAUCAUGAAUCCCCGAAUCUGUGUCCUGCAGAUUCUUCUCUCUCUGUCUCUUAGCAUUGUGGUUGCCUUGCUCCAUGGCUUGAUGGUGUUACAACUCUCCUUCUGCAAGGUUCUGGAAAUCCCUCACUUCUUCUGUGAACUUGCACAGGUCCUCAAGUUUGCCUGUUCUGAUACCCUCAUCAAUAACAUCCUGAUAUAUUUUACAACUAGCUUAUUUGGUAUUCCUAUGUGUGGAAUUAUUUUCUCUUAUACUAAGAUAGUCUAUUCCAUUUGGAGAAUGCCAUCAGUGAGUGGCAAGUAUAAAGCUUUUUCCCCCUGUGGGUCUCACCUCUCAGUUGUGUCUUUAUUCUAUGGGACAGGUUUGGGUGUGUACAUUAGUUCUGCUCUUACUAACUCUUCCAGAAACACUGCAGUGGCUUCAAUGAUGUAUACAGUCAUCCCUCAAGUUCUGAACCCAUUCAUCUAUAGCCUGAGAAACAGGGACAUGAAGGGAGCCUUCAGAAAACUCAUCAGUAGGUCACUUUCUCUUCUGUGA